ACUCGCAUCUCACCAGAUCUUUUCAUCAACCUUCUCUCUCUCUCUCUCUCUCUGGCGACGCAAGCACAUGCCAACGAUUAGGGUUUCGAUAUCAAAUUCAGAUUCACAAUCUCCAACAGAAAUCAAAUCCAAUGGAGAAUACGGUUCAAGAGGUUUGCGAUUCAAUCAUUUCACUUCAUACAAAGGUUACUAACAAUGGCAGACCUAAUUUUUGGUUUCAAUGAUGAAGUUAGGGCACUUUCGAAUCUGGAUCUGGACUGUAAUGAGUUCGUUUUUUCAUGAAUGAUGAUGAAGACCAAGUUCAGUUGAAGAUUUGGGCAACUCCGGUGAUUGGGUUUCAAGCUCGGUUGGCGCUGGCUUUAUGCUGCAUAUCAUCAAUGUGCACACAGGAGAGGAAACCUUGGAAAAUAACAUGGAAUGUGCAGAAAUUUUGGGAGGAGAUUUGUAUGUAUUUCAUCUAACCACGGGAGCAUACUAUCUUUGUCGUCAUGAUUUCUUCGAGUUAGCAGAGGUUUGUGGAUUGGCUCCUGAUUGGUUUAGAAUUUUGGUUGGUGAUACCAUUGACUACACUGAUGUAAGAGGUUGGAGAAAGACCGGUAGACCAAAACAGGUGAAUCUGUCAUCUAUAGAGGUGAAAACUAUUAGAUGUAUCAUCUAUGAUCCUCAAUUGGAGGACAUUUACAAUAUGGAAGAGAUGUCAAAGUCAGCAUUCACUUCAAGCUUGUUUGAGGGGGAAACAAAAUCUCUCACUAAAUUACAAGGGGAAACCAUAACUGUUGCGAAAAGUCAAAGUAAAGGAAUAAAAAAUGUAUUUGAACCGAACUACAUUCCUCUUUGGGGUUCCCAUUCCGUAUGUGGUCACAGAUCGGAAAUGGAAGAUGCGAUUGCAGUAGGGAUGAGCAAAUUAGACCUGGUACCGGUACCGAACCGGGUGCUUUUUCGGUACCGAUUCGGUACCCACUUUUGACAUUUUCGGUACCGGUUCGGUACCGGAAUUUACCAUUUUUUACCCUCAAAUACCGGUACCGAACCGUACCGAACCGGGUAUAUUCGGUACCGGUACCGGUACCCACUUUUAGGGAUUUUCGGUACCGGUUCGGUACCGGACGGUACCGAGCUCAUCCCUGGAUUGCAGUUGUUCCUUAUUUUAUGGAAGUCCCUAAUAAAAUAUUUGUUGGGGAUUAUGUGAGCAAUGAGGUGAACUCAAGUUUGGCAAAUCAGACCACUCAUUUCUUUGGGGUAUAUGAUGGCAUGGUGGCUCUCAGGUAUAGUCUUUGCCCUUUCUGUUAAUUCAUAUGCUAAAAAUGGGUCGGUGGGUGGCAUGAGAUGUGUAACGUAUCAAAACGUGUUGGGUGAAAACCUCAAAAUUUAGAUCAAAAUGUAAAACAAAAAAUGUAAAGAUGAGACCUAUAGGGAAUAAAGUUUUGGGUUGAUCAACCAACCAGUUAUUCUUUUUUUUCUUUCAAGCUAAUUAAUGUAUUACAUUUGAUAAUAGAAACUUAUAUUAUUAAAGUAACAGUUUAUAUAUCUUAAAGAGUUAAUUGCCAGGAUGGUCCCUGUGGUUUCACUUUUUUUUCACGUUUAGUCCCAACCUUUUGAAAAUCAUGUAUGCUCCCUAUGGUUUGUCAUUUUGUUACUCAGAUAGUCCCCCAACAUUUACUCUGGGGACUAUCCGGGUAACAAAAUGACAAACCAUAGGGAGCAUACAUGCAAUUUCCAAACUAACUAACAUCUACUCAGGGACUAUUCGAGUAACAAAAUGACAAACUAUAGGGAGCAUACCUGCUAUUUUCAAAAGGUGGGGACUAAACGUGAAAAAAUGUGAAACCACAGGGACCAUCCGGGCAAUUAACUCUAUCUUAAAUAAAAGGAUAUAAGGUUGAAAAGAAUUUAAGUAAAUUUUAGAGGGCUUCCAUUUUAUUUGACCCAUUACGAUAUUAGCUAAGUUUUUGUAUGUUACCUAAUUGACCUGUUAGAGUAAAACAUAACCCAAAUCGCUUCACUUAUAUGUCAAAACAGGUCAGUGAAAACCAGUAAUUUUCUAAUAUGGGUUUGUCAGAGGCAGCCAACGUUUGGCACAAACGUUUCGGGAGUUUAUAGCGAGUUGCUGUAGGAUACAUCUUUCUUCAUGGUCGAUGAAAAAGACUUGUUAAACAUGGGUAAUCAUCUCUGGGUCCAAGAGUGGAUGAAUAGUGUGCAUUUGGUUAUUCAAACAACAACAUGGUGUUUGUGGGGGUGUUUCACUGGUGUGGUCUUUGAAGGGAAACAAGUUAACUUGGAAGCGAUCAAGGUGGAGGUUAAGACUCUAAGCUUUCUAUGGUGGCGCAAUAAAGCAAAGGUGCAAGAACUUACAUGGGAAUGGUGGAAUGUUUGGGGCAGUAGAGGUUGUUGAAUUGAUGCUGGGCUGGGGAUGUUUACUCCUCACCUUUUGUGUUUUAAGAAUUGUAAUGUACCAAAUUGGUUAACUUGUUUGGUUAAUCGUUUUCUAAAAAAAUUACUUUUGUUGGCCCUUAAAAAAA